AUGUCCAACUACACAUACCAACACUUCAACGUCACAUUCCCCCCUGAGCAACAAUAUGUCGCCCACGUGGAGAUCCACCGUCCCGACAAACUAAACGCCUUCAUCGAAGCCAUGUGGCUCGAACUCUCCGCCAUCUUCACCCGCCUCUCCUCCGACCCCUCUGUCCGCAGCAUCGUCCUCACCGGCGCCGGCGACCGUGCCUUCAGCGCCGGGCUGGACGUCAAGGCCGCCUCGGAAGGCCUCCUCUCCGAUUCGCCCGAAUCUGACCUGGAUUCUGCCCGCCGAGCCGCCCACCUCCGCCGUCACAUCGUCUCCUUCCAAGACUGCAUUUCGUCCAUCGAAAAAUGCGAGAAGCCUGUGAUUGUGGCCCUCCACGGCAUUGCUCUCGGACUCGCCAUCGACAUCAGCGUUGCGGCAGAUGUGCGCCUAUGCUCAUCCGACGUGCGAUUCGCCGUGAAGGAAGUGGAUAUCGGGCUGGCGGCGGAUAUCGGGACAUUGAGUCGGCUGCCCAAAGUGGUGGGGAACUUUGGGUGGGUGAAGGAGGUGGCAUUGACAGCGAGGACGUUUGGAGCCGAGGAGGCAUUACGAGUGGGGUUUGUGAAUCGGGUGUUUGGGCAUAAAGAGGAGGCUGUACAGGGGGCGUUGGAGUUGGCGGGACUGAUCGCGACGAAGAGUCCGGUUGCGGUACAGGGGACGAAGGAGUUGUUGAAUUAUUCGAGGGAUCAUACGGUGCAGGAGGGACUGCGAUACACCACGGUCUGGAACAGUGCGAUGGUGCAGACCAAAGAUGUUUCGGCGGCGCUGUUAUCGGGGAUUCAGAAGAGGAAGCCGACGUUUGAGAAGCUGUAGGGUAUGGGUGCUGGACAUCGAUACAAUUUGACUGAAUCUCGCAAGCGUCGUUCUUUCUUUUAAUUGCGCUCAUAUAUAUCUUUACUAGAUUUGUGGAAUGUAUAUGCCGAGUUAGCAGUCAAGUUGCAAUUUAUUAACAGAACAAGGGAAGGUGGCCGAUUCGGGUCCUUUCUCUUUUUUC